AUGGAAAACUAUCCAAGAGACACCAGAUUUGGAGGUGAUGUUGGGAUGGGACACCAGAGAGCUGGGUUAUUUGUAUCCUCAGCUAUGUCCUCUGGACAUCCAAGAAUUUCACCCUACCCCUCAGUAAGAAGCAGUGCUCAGACCGGGAAGGUGUCCGACUUGAACCAGCAGGUGUGGAUCCUUCGUGGUCAGAGCCUUGUGGCAGUUCCACAGAACAACAACAUAGCCCCAGCCAUCAUCGCUGUCCUCCCGUGCAAGUAUCCAGAGUCUCUUGAGCAGGGCAAAGGGAUUCCCAUUUACCUAGGAAUCCAGAAUCCAGACAAGUGCCUGUUUUGUGAGGAAGUUGAUGGACAGCCCACUUUGCAGCUCAAGGAGGAGAACAUUUUGGAUCUGUACAACAAUCCUGAGCCCGUGAAACCCUUCCUGUUUUACCACACCCAGACUGGAACAACAUCCACCUUUGAGUCCGUGGCUUUCCCUGGCAAUUUCAUCGCCUCCUCCAAGAAUGGCCAGUCCAUCUUCCUCACAUCAGAACAGGGGAAAUAUCACAACAUUAACUUCAAUUUAGUUUUAGGGCCUUAA